AUGAGCUCCUGCUUCAUCAGCUCCUGCUUCAUCAGCUCCUGCUUCAUCAGCUCCUGCUACACCAGCUCCUGCUACACCAGCUCCUGCUUCAUCAGCUCCUGCUUCAUCAGCUCCUGCUACACCAACUCCUGCUACACCAGCUGCUGCUACACCAGCUGCUGCUACACCAGCUGCUGCUACACCAGCUCCUGCUUCAUCAGCUCCUGCUUCAUCAGCUCCUGCUUCAUCAGCUCCUGCUACACCAUCUGCUGCUACACCAACUCCUGCUACACCAGCUGCUGCUACACCAGCUGCUGCUACACCAGCUCCUGCUACACCAGCUCCUGCUUCAUCAGCUCCUGCUUCAUCAGCUCCUGCUACACCAGCUCCUGCUACACCAACUCCUGCUACACCAACUCCUGCUACACCAGCUGCUGCUACACCAGCUGCUGCUACACCAGCUGCUGCUACACCAGCUCCUGCUACACCAGCUCCUGCUACACCAGCUCCUGCUACACCAGCUGCUGCUAGACCAGCUGCUGCUACACCAGCUGCUGCUACACCAGCUCCUGCUACACCAGCUCC